CGCAGAGAGAGAUCAUGAUGUUUGACGAUUCUCAAUCUGAAGAAAUGGAGGGUCUGCUGAUCUCUGACAGUUAAUGGAUGAGUGUUUAAGUGAUGUCCUCAUUUCGCGUCUGAUCGCACCAUGGAUCAGAUGACACUGAACUCUCCCAUUUUAGAUAACUCUCAGUCUGAAAAGGGGGGACAUGUACAAGUUUCCAAAAGCCUGUUGUCCGUCUAUGAGAACAGAAAGAAAUCUGACCUUGAGUUGGAUUUGGAGGCUCUGAAGAGCACACACAAGCAGCAGCUGGAGAAUUUAGAGCUUCAGCAUCAGGAUGGCCUGGAAAAGAGGGUUCUGCAGAACUCACUGCUCUCCACAAGUACUGAGUGGAUACUUAAAACCAGUUUACUGCAGGAGAGCAUCAGUCAAAACUUCAAAGACAACAGACACUGCAGGGUGACUCGUCAGAAUUCUACCUCAAAUAGGAUUAAGGCUUCAAGUACUCUAACCAAUUCUAUUGGAAUGGUGAGAGAGAGUCAUAGGAAGCCUCUGCCAAAAGAAACACAGAAAGUCAAAGAAGAAGCAGACUUAGCUGAGUGUCAGCAGCAGUUCCGCGUAACCCCAAUCCCAGAUCAUGUCUCCCAGUCUCUUUAUAAAGAUUUGAUUCAGGAUCAGGAGAGAUUGAGGAAGGAGGGCCGCGACCAGAGGAGAAAUUUCCUCUUGGCAAUGCAGAAGCCCUUCGGAUUCCACAAGAGGGAGGAGAAGGAUGCGGAAAAGAGAAAGGAUGAGAUGACAUCUGCCAAUAAAAGUGAAAAAGCAAAGCCUGUUUGUGCGCGGAAGCCAAUACCGAAAGCUGUCUUAGAUCCUAGGUUCUCUGAACAGUUGAAAGAACAGGAGCAUCAGAGGAAGAUUCGCAUUCAUUUGAGGGCUCAGGAGACUUUGAAAGCUUCCUCAGCGCCUAUUCAAACUCAGGAAGCUAAUGCAGAGAGCCAAAGCCGCAGUGCUCAGAAGACCAAAAGCAAGAUGCUGGGUUAUUUGGACCAAAGGCCAUCAUUUAGACCAAAGACUAACACAGCGGUGCCUGACUUUGACAAGCUGUACCAAGCCUUUCAACAAAAGGCCAUGGAAGCAGCAGAGAGGAGAGAUGUCACUCACUGUAAACCAUUCCAGUUCCACACAACUACACAACAGCCACGCUCCAGGAGUCCAGAAAACCCAAUGAACUCUACAAACAAGAUGAAUUUAAAGAGAAGCUGUUCGUAUGGUGGUUUAACAUCACUGUCUAUGGAUACACUUCCAAUCUAUACAACUGAUGCUGCCAGGAAAAGAUCCAUGGCCAUAAGGAGAUCUCUGGAGCUGAGUAACCUUAAAGAGCAGGAGCAUGCAGAGUGGAUGAAACAACACAGCAUCAGAUCUCAAGCUAUGAGCAAGGCAGUGGCAAUGCGAGCCAAAGCUAUGGACCCCCAUAAAAGCUUAAAAGAGGUCUACCAGGAGAAACUCAAACAGCACAGGCAAGCUGAUCAAGAGAGGGUGAAGGAUUAUCAAAAAGAGCUAAGGGACAUAAGAUCUCGAGUGACAGCUCGUCCAUACCUCUUUGAGCAAAUGUCCCAGAAAAAUGCCAAGAGUAAUGCCGAACGCAGAUACAGGUACACUUUGGAACGAGCAGGUUUGGAUGAAAACUUUGUGAGAUCAAAGGGAGAAAGUGAUAAAAGCAUCCAUGGAUCAAACAAUGUGCAUGGUGACUCAGAGGAUGAAGAUUAUCACAGCACAAAAAGUGAAAGCCAACAGAGUGCAGGAAGUGGGGAAGACAGUGUCGAAAAAGAGGAGGACAAAGAGGGGAACGCUGAAACUGAAAAGGAGGACGUGUGCUGAAAGAACAUUUGCAAAGGGAGAUCACUGUGGUUGGACUCUAAAUCAGUGACAUGCUGUUGCUUUAAUCAUUUUUAGUGUUUUUAACAUUAUGUGUUGUGUGUAUUUUUAAAGUUCAUUAGUUGCCAGUGCAAGCCUUUCGCACUGGCAAGCAGCCCUCAUACUUUCUUGUCUUUUAAGCUUUUUUUAUAAAGGGGACUGCAACAAAUAUUUUAUAGUUUUUAAUAAUGUAAUUUUACAAAUUGUCCUGGUAAAGGAACUUUUGAGUUGUCUUGUAUAAAGAUUUUACAAUACAAAGGGGAUUAUGAAUGUCCAAGAAAUUCCAUCUGGGUGUCAUAACAUUUUUAUUUAAAUCGAAAAUCAAAAGCAAGUUUAAUUUUACUAUUGAAAAUACAGAAACGGGGGCUACAGAAACAACAGAGAAAAAACAUAAAAUAAAAUAAAUUCUUGUCAACCAUAUUAAAAUAUAUUUGCUUGAGUUCUGCUUAUUGCACUUUAAAUGAUCUUGUAAACCACAUAAACAGCUUUUGGGCUGCCUCAGUUUGCAUAUGGUAAAUUGGGGAAGCACUGACCUGGCAUAAACACACCGUCAAAGAAGUUCUGAAUGACUGCUAUAAUUAUGAACUAUAACUGUCACAGAGGUGAGCUUUAUUCACAAAACUGGAUUUUAAUAAAUACACAAACUACAUUUUGUGACAACUCCCCUUAGCACAAGACUCAUCUGAAAUUCCCAUUCUGAUGUCCGGGUAUUUAAAGAGCUGUAUGAUUGGUUUAGUAAACAGCUCAGGACAUUUGUCUGCAGUUGGAUAAGAGCUUGUGUUAGUACAUUAUAAGCAGUCCUUGGCAACAUCAAGAGGAUUUUCAUCCAAUUGGCCUUUAAGGUGAACAUUUCUUCAGGCCUUAGUUGCAUUUUUAUGGAAAGUUCCAGCAUUUUGAGUUAUUUUAGAGCAUUUUAAAGGCAUAAUUUGUGCUUUCAGAGUCUUCAGUUGAAACAAAUGACCCGUGCAGCAUCCAUGCAAAGCUUAAAUCUCAAUGUUCAACACAAUAUGAUUUCCAGUGUUGUCCAUUUGAGGAUUAUAUUGUACAUUCUGUGAUUAAAGGACUGGCAACACAAAAAAAUCCUUGUGCUCACAGCCUUUAGUUUAACUUCUGUAAAAGCAUGCAGCAGAAACAUAGUUCAGUGGUAAAGCAGUGCAUUAGCAAUUAGCACUGCAAAAGGUCAUGAGUUUGAAUCCAGAGAAGACUUGAUCUGAAACUAAAAAAAUUAUGCCUUGUAAUGGACUGUAAGUCACUUUGGAUAAAAUAACAGAAAAUCCUCCUAUUCCAUUGUGUAAAAUACCAUCUGGGUACCUUUGGCAUGAAAUGUUCACAUAAUCUAAUAAAAAAUGUAUGAAAAUU